AUGAAGAAAAGCAGGAGUGUGAUGACAGUGACGGCAGAUGAUAAUGUUAAAGAUUAUUUUGAAUGUUCCUUGAGUAAAUCCUACAGUUCUAGUAACACACUUGGGAUUGACCUCUGGAGAGGGAGACGGUGUUGCUCGGGAAACCUGCAGUUACCACCACUGUCCCAGAGGCAGAGUGAAAGGGCAAGGACUCCUGAGAGCGAUGGUAUUUCCAGACCAACCACGCUGCCUUUGACAACCCUUCCCAGCAUCGCUAUUACAACUGUAAGCCAAGAGAGCUUUGAUGUGGAAAAUGGUCCUUCCCCAGGUCGGAGCCCGCUGGACCCCCAGGCCAGCUCUUCCUCUGGGCUGGUACUUCAUGCCACCUUUCCCGGGCACAGCCAGCGCAGAGAGUCCUUUCUCUACAGAUCGGACAGCGACUAUGACCUGUCACCAAAGGCGAUGUCGAGAAACUCUUCCCUUCCCAGCGAGCAACAUGGAGAUGACUUGAUUGUAACGCCUUUUGCCCAGGUCCUCGCCAGCUUGAGAAGUGUGAGAAACAACUUCACUCUACUGACAAACCUCCAUGGAACAUCCAACAAGAGGUCCCCAGCUGCUAGCCAGCCUCCUGUCUCCAGAGUCAACCUGCAAGAAGAAUCUUAUCAAAAGUUAGCGAUGGAAACGCUGGAGGAACUGGACUGGUGCUUGGACCAGCUAGAGACCAUCCAGACCUACCGCUCUGUCAGCGAGAUGGCUUCAAACAAGUUCAAAAGGAUGCUGAACCGGGAGCUGACACACCUCUCAGAAAUGAGCCGAUCAGGGAACCAGGUGUCUGAAUACAUUUCAAAUACUUUCUUAGACAAGCAGAAUGAUGUGGAGAUUCCAUCUCCCACCCAGAAGGACAGAGAGAAAAAGAAAAAGCAGCAGCUCAUGACACAGAUAAGCGGAGUGAAGAAACUGAUGCAUAGUUCAAGCUUAAAUAAUACAAGCAUCUCACGCUUUGGAGUCACCACAGAAAAUGAAGAUCAUCUGGCCAAGGAGCUGGAAGACCUGAACAAAUGGGGCCUUAACAUCUUCAAUGUGGCUGGAUAUUCACACAAUAGGCCCUUAACGUGCAUCAUGUAUGCCAUAUUCCAGGAAAGAGACCUCCUAAAGACAUUCAAAAUCUCCUCGGACACAUUUGUAACCUACAUGAUGACUUUAGAAGACCAUUACCAUUCUGACGUAGCGUAUCAUAACAGCCUACAUGCUGCUGAUGUAGCCCAGUCAACCCAUGUUCUUCUUUCAACACCAGCAUUAGAUGCCGUCUUCACAGAUUUGGAAAUCCUGGCCGCCAUUUUUGCAGCUGCUAUCCAUGACGUGGAUCAUCCUGGAGUAUCCAACCAGUUUCUCAUCAACACAAAUUCAGAACUUGCUUUGAUGUAUAAUGAUGAAUCUGUGUUGGAAAACCACCAUCUGGCUGUGGGUUUCAAACUGCUGCAAGAAGAGCACUGUGACAUCUUUCAGAAUCUCACCAAGAAGCAGAGGCAGACACUCCGGAAGAUGGUUAUUGACAUGGUGUUAGCAACUGAUAUGUCCAAACAUAUGAGCCUGCUGGCAGACCUGAAGACAAUGGUAGAAACAAAGAAAGUGACAAGCUCAGGCGUGCUUCUGCUGGACAACUAUACGGAUCGUAUACAGGUCCUUCGCAACAUGGUACACUGUGCAGACCUGAGCAACCCCACCAAGUCCUUGGAAUUGUAUCGGCAAUGGACAGACCGCAUCAUGGAGGAAUUUUUCCAGCAGGGAGACAAAGAGCGGGAGAGGGGAAUGGAGAUCAGCCCGAUGUGUGACAAGCACACAGCAUCUGUGGAAAAAUCCCAGGUUGGUUUCAUCGACUACAUUGUCCAUCCCCUGUGGGAGACCUGGGCAGAUCUGGUACAGCCUGAUGCGCAGGACAUUCUGGACACGUUAGAAGAUAACAGGAACUGGUACCAGAGCAUGAUACCCCAGAGUCCCUCUCCACCGCUGGAUGAGCAGAACAGAGACUGCCAGGGGCUGAUGGAGAAGUUUCAAUUUGAGCUGACCCUGGAAGAGGAGGAUUCGGAAGGACCUGAGAAAGAGGGCGAGGGCCACAGCUAUUUCGGCAGCACAAAGACACUUUGUGUGAUCGACCCAGAAAGCAGGGAUUCAACGGGAGAGACUGAUGUAGACGACGCCGCAGAGGACAAGUCCCCGGUCGACACAUAA